UAAUGUAUCCGCGAGCCUCUCGUGUGUGCACUUUUUUUACUCACAAAACAAUGCACCCGAACAAUUUUUUUUUCGUCCAAAGCCAACCGGAAAAAUAUCUGUACGCGUUGACCUGAGUCAGCUUCUUCGCGUCGAGCUCAAAUAAAUGCGUUCGAAUUGACCUCGGGUAAACUGUCUUCUGGGGUUGCGCGGCUUUUUAUUUCAACGAUUCUACUUUUCUAUACUCGAGAAAAUAAACGCGCUCCUUCUUUUUCCCAUUGAAAAAGUUGCACAAGUAACGACUCCAACAAAUUGUGCUGCGCUGCACUCCGCGAACGCCUCGUGAGAAGUCACUGCUUCAUAUUACUAUAUAAGUCGCGAGCAUUAAGUUGUGAUCUAGACAGCUAAUGAGAGCAGUAAGUCAGAUUGUCAAAAAUGCUCAACAUCAUCUCGGUGUGCUGUCUGGUGUUGCUGGUGGGUCAGCACGCCUGUGCAACGGAUGUCAACAUAAAUUCGCUACAAGUUUUUGCUAUUCCCAUUGUACCUCAAUACUUCAAUUGGACUUCGGAUGAACGGAGAAACGAGUAUAGAUACGAGGCAUCGCUACUGGAUUCGCCGGAUUUACCCUCGUGGAUUCAUUAUAUUUACAGCGAGCGGACGCAUCGUGGAUAUCUUUAUGGGGUAGCGCCGAAGGAUCAAAAAAAUUUCAAGUUGGAGAUCAUUGCUCUAAACAAGAAAACUUACGAGACGCGCGAGAAAACCUUGGAAGUUAUCGUCUCGGAGAGCGACGUCGUCUCCAAGUAUCAGAUUCAAUUGAAAGUCAACAGCUGGAACGUCGAAGAGAUGUUUGACCUCAACCGAACCGAGAUGCUCUUUGAUAUUUUCAGGCGAAACAUUUGGAAAAAUGCCACUGAUCUGCAGCUGACGUUUUUGGCACCGGCAGUGGAAUUGGGUGCUCGUUAUCCUCUAAAACCCGGCGAGGGAGUAGGCACAGUACUGAGGAUCGGCAGCUCGACGCAAUUCUCAAGCGACUUGCAGAAUUUGGAAAAAGAACUCGAACCCAUAAUCCGAAAAUUCAGCAGCUGCAACUUCAAGAAAGUGUCGUUCGACCGGUUCUUCCGGGACCUGGAAUUCGAUUGGUGUUACUUCAAAUUGAUCGACGAUCUAAACGAUCGCCGAGACGAGGACUCGGAGGGCAGGGACGACGACACGAGUGCCAGUAUAAUCGGUUCCGCGCCUGCCUCUAAGGACCAGCAGCAGCAGCAGCAGCAGCAGCAGCAGCAGCCGAGUGCGGCGUCCGAUUGGCGCUGGUUGGUGGACAAAAAAUCGGCCCUACCGCAGCGCAGCUACAGGCGCGAGAUCUUCACCAGUGUAUUCGUGCCGGCUCUCAUGCUCCUGCUGCUCGUCGGAUUUUUGAGCGCUGUUCUCUGUCUGCAACACGACGAUUUAAUCACAUCGAACGGCAAGAGGGGCUCGCCAUUGCUGUUAGACAACGGUAGCAGGGGCAACGGCGUACAAAUGAUUCAAUACGCGACUAUGGGCAGCAAUCGGGCAGGCACACUGCGCUCGCUUCCCAAUAAUCAGGUUUCAUGCAGUCCUACCACGAGCGAUUCGCAGCUCAUUAGUCGCAGCCCCAGGGACCACAGCAACAACUACGUUCGACCGAAGCCACCGCCUUACAUCAGCUCCAAUAGCUUUGGAAUGUCUCCUCGAGCGGACAUAUGACUAGCGGAAGAACCAGCACAGACAUGGUUUUGUUAAACGCUGAUAAGUGUCUAUUGCUUGCGAAUCGAAUUUUGAAAGGACGUCAAAGACAACUAUUGGCCAUUAUAAACUUAUUGGGUAAUAAAAUUACCCAUUUUUUUAUGUUAAAAUCGGUAUCGAUUGCGCACAAACUGAAAGGGAACAUGUAACGAAAGCUAAAUAGGCCUAAUCUGUUAAGACGAUUGAAUAUUUCAUGUGCAUUUUACAAUAACGCUAUUUGCGACUGCCACAUCUAUUGAAUAUUUUGUUCUAAACCAAAAAAUCACAUGUUAUUUGACUGGUUUAUUAAACAUAUAUUAUAAUACCUUAAAUGUGAAAACUUAUACUAUUAAUCAAGAUUGAAUUGUAUUAUGUAUAUGAUGCACAAAUUGAACUCGGCAGCUUAUAGAUAUUCAUAGAUGCAUCAAUUUAUUUAACUACUUUUUAUAAAUGAAUUUCUAUUAUUAUGCUCAAAUGUUAUUAUUGUCGUGUUCCAAUUUUGUGAGUAAGUAGAAAUGUGUAGGAAUUUUUUACAUAUUGUACA